AAAUUGGGUGCUCUGUGCACGGGAUGACACCUUUCGUAACAAUGAUUCCUUCUGUAUGAUUUCAAGUGCACUUCAGAAUCGCAGUUUAUUAAAUUCCCUUUCCUGCCCCCCAGACUGCAGGGACAUGGUAUCCAGCAUCAAAUCCAUGAAGAUCCUGAAGAGGCUCGGUGGUGCGAUGGGUGUGUGGGCCAAAGAUCCAGUCGGGCAGUCGGGGGAGAUCUACAUCUUCAACAGCUCGUCCGGGGACACGUUGCAUCAUUUCAAAACGGUGCGCGACUUCACGGCUUCUGCAGGAACCUCGCGGGCCAAGAAGGUCAAGCUGCCCUUCCCCUGGGGCGGCGCGGGGCACACAGUCUACGACGGGCACAUCUACUACGUGAAGGAGGGGCAGGACUUCCAGGUCAUCAAGUACGACCUGAAGAACGAGACGGUGGUGGACAGCGUUGUCUUCCCAGCGGAGGAGCAGGUCCCCGUCUAUGGGCUUUCCCCCGAGACCUUCAUCGACCUGGCUGUGGACGAGGAAGGACUCUGGGCCAUCUAUGCCACCAAGGAGAACGAGAAGAACAUCUGCCUGGCCAAGAUGGACCCCAAGACGCUGGCUAUCGAGCAGAUGUGGGACACGCCCUGCCCCCGGGAGAACGCGGAGGCGGCCUUCGUCAUCUGUGGCACGGUGUACGUGGUCUACAACACCAAGCUGCCCAGCCGCUCGCGGGUCCAGUGCGUCUUCGACGUCAGCGACAUGGUUACCAACGACGACGCCCCUUUGGUGUACUUCCCCAGACGCUACAGCUCCCACGCCAGCCUCAAGUACAACCCCCGGGAGAGGCAGAUCUACGCCUGGGAUGACGGCUAUCAGAUUCUUUACAAGCUCGACCUGAAGAAGAAGCUGGAGGUGUGAGCCCUGCAAAGGGCUCAUAGGAACUGGGGGUGGGCGGGUGAGGAGCUAGGCUGGCAUUGCCCUCUCCAAACAGUACACUGUUACCUAUAAUAUAACGGUAAGCCACUGACAGUGAAGUGUGUUUUUAGAAGGUUUUGUAUGAUUGUAAAUGGUGCAGUGGGGCCUGUUUCCUGUCACCAGGGUCUGUAUAGUGGUUUCACAGAGUGGGACUCUUUCAUAACGUUUCUAUACCUUUACCACUUGCAGUCCUCUCUCACCACUGGCAAUGCAGCAGUGACAUCAUUUACUGUUCACUGUGCGGUGAUGAUCUGCGAUGCAUUUGAACAGCGUGGUUUGUUUUUGGCUGUCUUUGCAGUUCACCUGUUAAUGUUGAUGGGGGAGGGGAACAAAAUGGUAUUCCUAUCAAAGAAUGUUUUGUUUCUUCCCAGUUGUGUUCCUCUGUACUCUUUUCAAGGCUGCAAGGUCUUCAGUGUUUUUGUAGAAAAAUAAAUAGCGACUAAACGUCAAGCCAUUCUGUGUUACGAUGUAUUUUUGUUAAUAAAUAAAACCCAAGA